GAGACGGCAGUUGCGGGCGGCGGGUCAGUGGCCGUGACGAGGAGCAGCUCGAACACGGUGCGUUCCUCUCCACCUGGCUCUCUCGCUUCGUGCUCCCGUCGGCGCCGUUCGGCGUCGUCCUCCCAGGGGAGGAGGUGAUCCCCAUCGCCGUCCGCCUGGCCCGCGGCCCGAGCGUGACGCUCUUCCCCGCGGAACUCGCCAGCAUCCGCUCAUCCCCCUCCCCCUCCCCCUGCGCAACCGGGAGCGCGGCGUUGGUGGCGGCGGGGCAAGUGCUCCCGGGGCUUUGGGCCCUCUGUAGGGCUUGCGGUGGGGUUUAGCGGAGCUGCUGGGCGGCGCGUGGGCGUGGGAGCGGGCGGCGGCGCGGAGGUGGAAGCGGGGGGUGGCGCAGGAGGGCGGAUCCGUCGGCGCGGGAGCUCAACGCCUGGCUGGAGGAAGAAGAUGACGGAGGUGGAAGAGGAGGUGGGGUCCACCGGUCAUAGAGAUGGAGUCAUGGAGAGGGCACCGUAUAUUGAGAUAAGGCAGGGUAUGACGGUCUUUUCGCGUGGCUGAUUCACGCUGGCACGGUGACUCGGACAAAUUGGUAAAUACGUAGACUCCGGUAAGUUUAGAUGACAAAUAAUUAAAUAGCCCUCCCUCGCCUGGAAGCAUCGAUCUCUCCCUCGAGCCAUGGCGAAGGCAAUGGCACACUCGUCGAAGCGAACCACCCAUCACCUCCUACUCGCGGUUUCCCUCUCUGUUUCCGUUCUCCUCCCGCUGCUCUUGCCGGCGGCGGCAACCGCCGCGGUGGCGGACGGGGAUGGGGAGAUCAAGUCGGCUCUGGGGGCCGGGAGGCAGUUGGCGACCGGGAACUGGAAGGACGAGGGGAAUCUGAUUGCUGAGGGUGAUACUGCUGGAGGCGGUUCGGUGGAGGAGGACGAGUUCGCUGGUGGCUUUGGCUCCCUCGACAGCAUGCUGCAGUGGGCGAUCGGAAAUUCUGAUCCGGAGAAGCUGAAAGAGGAGGCAGCUGAUGUGCAGAAAUUGUCUGCAGAUGAGCUGCUGAAGCGGCGUCAGGAGAUCAAGGAGUUGAUGGAGAAGUUAAAGAUGCCAUCAGAUGCUGACUUAAUGAAAAUUGCAAUUGCUGACUUAAAAAACUCUUCCAUUUCUCUGGAGGAUCGCCAGCGAGCGUUGCAGGAACUUUUAGUUCUUGUUGAGCUCAUUGACAAUGCUAAUGAUCUUGACAAACUUGGGGGCCUUCUUCCUGUGAUUCAAGAGCUUAAUAAUGCAAAUGAUGAAAUACGGACCACCUCUGCGUGGGUCCUUGGUACAGCCAGUCAGAAUAAUGCACUUGUACAAAACCAGAUCCUCGGUUAUGGAGCUUUGGCGAGGUUGGUGAAGAUGGGCUAUUCCACAUCUACAGAAGAAGCUGCAAAAGCAUUAUAUGCUAUAUCAGCUUUGAUCAGAAACAAUGUAAAUGGUCAAGAGGCGUUCCAUUCAGAAAAUGGGGGUGCAAUGUUGCAGCACAUAUUGGUGAGCAACAGUAUUGAUGUUAGGCUACAGAAGAAGGCAGUGUUUUUAGUAACAGAUCUGGCAGACUUUCAGCUAAAUUCUGGAAACCCACAACUUCCUUUCUUAAGUGACCGCCUUUUCUUAAAGUCAAUAGUUGAUAUGUUGUCAAAGUUUGACCUAGAUCUUCAUGAAAAGGUCCUGUUGGCCAUUAAGAGUCUACUGGAACUUUCCUCAACUGAUGUGGAGGAUUUUGAGUUCUAUGACCUCGAGGGUGUUCUGCUCAGACUAGGGGUACAGUUGGAGGAUUUGACACCAGAGGAUCAAAAGGAGUUUGCUGCGGAGGUUGAUGGCCUUCGAAGAGAAGUUCAGACGCUCUUCCAGCAGAAGCUCAAGGGUAAAGUGACUGCGACAUGAUAAUUUGGAAAACCACCAGAAGAUUUUCCCUUUUGGAUGCAAUGUAAUCCAUCAUUUUUGUGGGAUGUUAAUGCUACAGUUAGAUGGCAGGUUUGGGUUUCCUUUUCUUGCAGUAUUCAAGAAUGAUCAGUCGGAGGGGACGGGAGGAUUGUCAGGUAGUAAUGUCGUGGUGUUGUAGUAUAUGAUGGCAUGAUAGGUUAGGCUCUUAGGCACGUGCUUAUGACCUCAUUUUGGCAAACUAAGGGUGUGUUCGUUUCACCCCUCUAAAAUCCGAAACAUCUAAACUUUAGAGGUCCGGCACCGAACAGCCCUCUAAUUCAGCCUCUAAUAAGACUGCGAUUCCUCUAAAGAUUUUAGAGAGGGGGAGCACUCUAAAGAUUCUAGAGAGGUCUAAUGCCAAACGAACACACCCUAAUUAUCAUGCUCACAACGUUCUGUAAUACGGGCACUGCAAUGAAGCAAUUUUUCCUUGUGC